AUGAGAUCUUCCCUUCCAGGUGGAGAAAAUGCUUUGCUCUUAAAAGUAGAUGCCACCAACGGAACAACCAUGUGCACCCAAAUCCCAAAACAACUCUCUAGGGAAGAACUUAUCAAAGUCCUUCCAGAUACGUGGGUCACGAAUUAUGAAAAACUGAGAGAACAUGUUGAACCUCUCCAAUCCUCUGCACCCACUUUUUCCAAAAAACCCGAUAAAACAGUUGCCAUAAGCUUUGACCACUCUCACCUUAAAAAACUCAACAAAACAACCUUCUUUUUCCAGAUGUACCAACCCACUUAUAACCAUGCACACCAAGAUGACCCUGAAACAUUCGCUUACCAUCUCCCAAGUAUCAUGAGUGAACAUGACUGGAUAAAGCAGUUCGAUAAUGAAGGUCAUGAUGUAUGGUGGUUUAAAUGUCCUUUCACGGGGCACUGCCCAUGGGAUAUCCAAUAUGGCUGUCAAGAAUGUCUUGUCGAUGAAAUUGAAUGGGAUGAACAUCAUGCAAGAAGAGCCAAAUCAAAGAAAAAAGGGAGAAACUCUGGAAGAGAGUUCCAAACAAGGGUGGAGACAAUUGAGAAAAAAGUGGAACAAGCAUCUUCUCAGCAUGCUGGACUGACCAAAGCCCUGGAAUUGCGAAUGACGAACAUGCAGUAUGAGAUUUGUCCACCAGGCACUUAG